AUGGAAGAACGUAGCGAGACAUCGAGGGAUGCAAUUGGAGUCUUCGGCAUAGAUCGGACCAUGCAGCGGCGUUAUCCGAUUUCUGGAUUAUCCGAUCGCCGGAUUGUCACCGUAUACGGGGCACGGGGAAGACUGUGUGUCAAACAAGUCAGUGAGAAAAGAGCAGGCCGUGAGAGUUUGGCUGAUGAUUCGAGACCAGACCAGACCAGGCCAGUCAUCAUGGCCCAUCUCAUUGACAAGGUGGACGACCUAGUGUGCGCGCAGUGGGUUUCGAAACAGCUAACCUACCAGCACAAGAAACUGCGUAACCAGCACUUCAACAUCUGUUUCGGUAUCAUGCAGACUCCUGGAAACUUUCCUGGAGCUGAUUGUCACCGCUCAAAGCUGUGGCGUCAGCAGGCAAGGUGUUGCUCACCAUCUUUUUCGACGUCCAAGGUCGGCCAUUUGUUCAAUUCCUCGAGCACAGAAGAACUAUCAACUCCGUACUGCCCUUUCAGAUGUGAGAUACUCCGAAGAAUAUGCAGGUCCAUCAAAAACAAAAGACCGGGUCUAUUCACAGAUGGUGUGGUUCUGCACCAUGAUAAUGCGCGUCCACACGUCUCCAGGGUGACACAUGCGGAACUGGCCAAGUUCAAGUGGGAGCAACUCGACCAUCCACCCUACAGCUCAGACAGGUCACCCUGUGAUUUUCAUGUGUUUUGUCCCCUGAAAAACAUUUCAAAGGGAAGCGUUUCAACUCGGACGGUGAACUCAAGGAUGUUGUGA